AUGCAGCUUUACCACGCCAUCUCACUAGCGACAGUGUUCGCCCAAGCCUCAGCUGCAACAAGUUCGGCCUCUCGUAGCGAUCUCAACGGCUGGUAUUCCUGUUCCGAAUUCACCUUUGCCGAUGGAGGAGGCUCUAGCAAUCAAAACGCCGAGUGCGCUGUCUACACUGCACCAUUGUGCUAUCCUGAUAUUUGUGUGACUCUGAAGUCCAUCGACGCUACUGUUGACGUGUUCGUGAAGAGAGUUGCUGCUGUAAUCGACGCCGAAACAGCGACGAAUGUGUGGAUCAUGCAAGGGGGUCCGGGUGCUUCCUCUACUGCCAUGGAAUCGACGAUGGUGGAGCUACACGCCCGACUGGAUGGAACUGUGAACGUUUACACCAUGGACCACCGCGGUACUGGUCGAAGUACGUUGUUGGACUGCGUUGCAGCACAAUCAACUACAACCGGGUCUCCAUGGGGAAGUGGAAUUGACACAGCGGAGGUCCCAGCAUGUGCUCAGGCGCUUGAAAAGAAGUACGGGAAUCUGUCGUCAUUCUCCAUGACAAGUGCAGCUACCGAUAUGGCCACAUUCAUUUCCGACUACACGAAUGGUGCAGAUACUAUCGUGUACGCAGUGAGUUACGGUACUGCGUUGGUAGAGCGCUUGAUUCAUCUGGACCCUCCUGAAGUGACUGGGUAUGUUCUGGAUGGUGUGGCCACGAGUUCGGGAUCGCCAAAAGAAUUUGAGUAUUUUUCAACUUGGGACGCUGAUUUCGGCGACGUAGGUGACUCAUUCAUGGCACUUUGUGCCUCACAAAGCGAGUGUAGCGAACGGUUUGUAUCCAAGUCUCUGCCCGUGACGCUUCAGAAUGUGAUUACACUAUUUGAUAGCAACCCAGAGUCCGCGUGUGCUGCGCUUGUGAGUGACCUCUACGGUGAUAUGAGCGGCGAACCUGCGUCAUAUAUGUUACGACGAGUAUUGGGAUCUCUGCUCCAGAGCUCGAGGCUGCGAACGCUACUUCCGCCUGUUGUGUACAGGCUGAACCGCUGUGCAUUCAAUGAUGUUAAAAUACUGACGCACUUCUUCACAAAUUUGAACAAUUAUCUAUCAUGGUCAAGCGAAGACGACACGUUCGACUCGACUCUGCUCUACUAUCUUAUUGUCUUCUCAGAGAUGUGGGAGAAACCCGAGCAGUCUAUCGGCGAAAUGAUUUUGCGUUUUACAAAUGCUCGCGUUUCAAAUGGAGGAACUUAUGCCGAUAUCCCACUGUAUUGCGCGUUCUCCAAGGAAAGCUCACCAGUGUGUGAUCAACUUGACGUCGGCACGUACGAUGCCAACGGGAUAAUCUACAAUCGUGACCAAUACUGGAACAAAAGUGCCACAAUUCCAAAUCAAGCAAGUGUGUUGCUAUUGAGCAGCAAGUUGGACCCACAAACACCUCAUAAAUACGCUAAGUACCUGCUGGAAGCCCUUGAUGGCAGUAAGAAAGAGUUGAUCACGUUUAAUUGCGCUACCCAUGGAACUCUGUGGACUACCUCAAUGGAGGAAGACGAGGAUGAGAGCGUGACGUGCGGGAUGAGGCUACUGAUGUCAUACGUGAGCAAUAACGGUGAUUUAGACGGUUUGGACAAGUCUUGUGUGGAUGAAAUGCCUGCGUUCAAUCUGACACCACCGCUUGACUAUCAGUACUUCUUCUUGAGCACAGAUGAUGCUUACAAUGGAGAAUAUGACGAACGCUUGGCUGAAAUCGUAACCGGUUCCAGCUCGGGCUUUGCCCGGUCCGCCGCCACUACCACGAAGGAAAAUACGACGUACAAAACUGCUUUCGUCGUGUUCCUUGUGCUCUUCGUGGUGACACUGAUACUCGCUGUUUUCUUCGCAUUUCGGUGGUUCAAUCUCAAGAGCGAGAAUGCAAGGAGGAGAGCGACCGAUGAUCUUCCAGAAGACAUUGAGAUUUCAACUUUACCGGAGAAUCAAGCUGGCUCUCCUGAAUUGACUACUGCUUACUCACAGAGACCCAAGUAG